AUGGUGAAAGCCAAGUGGCCUUUUGUAUUCAAAAGUGAAUACUUUUUGAAACACUUUGAACUGCUAACCAAUGCUGAUUUAAUGAAGUUGUUUUCUUCAAUUGGGGAACUUCAGAGUACAAGAGUCUAUAAUUACCUUAAUGACCAGAACGACUCAUACAAUCUUUCUGAAUUACAAGAUUUACAAUCAAAGCCUAAUGUAACCUGGUCUUAUGUGAUGCUUGUGAUGAUCUUCAAAGAAGAUCUAAAAGAAUUGAUAGUAUGUCAGGAUUCAUUAAAGACAGAAAAACUUCCGUGCACACCCUGCAUAGUUGCUAUUGGUCCAUCAAUAUUUCAUGCUUCUAAAUAUGUUUUGAUAGUUGAUAAAGAUAUUCCAAGUCUUUCAGUAGCAAUGGCCAUGCAAUUUGCAGCCUUUUUUAUUUUUGAUAUUUGUUUUCCUAAAAAAUUAAUGAAUACAUUGAAAGCUUUCCAAAGGUUUAUUUUGAAGUUUAGGUAUGAAAAUUCAUUUAUUCCUAAAAAUAAGAAGAAGAAGAUUAGUGUAAAUGACCAAGUACUCAAAUUUGCUGCAGACCUAGCUAAGUAUGAGGCAUACUUGGAAUGUGAUUUAUCAGCUAUCGAAUGA